AAGCACUCUUGUUAACAGACAUGCGAAGAACAUGCUCAAAAUAUUCCUAUUUGACGAUAUCACCAACCCUGACUCUGGUCUCACUUUUCUUCACGCUAGCGUAUUUAAUUUUUCGGAUCUACAGGACACAGUUUGAUUCCCGUGUGUGAGGCUACGCUGCCGCUACCAACAAUGGCGGACAGUGAGCGGCGCGCAAAGCGCUCUCGUUUUGAUCAAACAGAAGCAGAGCCUCGACGACAGUCAAGAUUUGACCGACGCUCGCGAUCCCCAUCUGCCCGAAAUUCCGACUCCACGCGGGAACGAAGUCCACUGAGCCGGGAACCGCGAAGCCCUGGAAACGACGACAAGCGGAAGUCCGCAGCUCCAGAUCCAACUGCUGCCGCAGCUGCCGCUGCUGCAAAGAUAAAUGCUGAGCUUCAAGCCAAGAAAGGAUAUCAGCACAUGAACGUGCCGCCAGUCCGUUCUACUGCUAGUCCAGCGGCAAAGUCUGCUUCUCCAGGUGCGGAAGGCGCACGCAACGUUAAUGGAGAAGUUUACAUGGCGGAUGGAGACUACAUCAAAGAUAUUGAAGUCAACGAUCUCCGAAACCGCUACACACUGACUAAGGGUGCAACCCAGAGGAUGAUUAAAGAAGAAACUGGCGCCGAUGUCACAACCCGAGGAAGCUAUUUCCCUGAUAAAAGCAUGGCUACGGCUGCGAAUCCCCCGCUUUAUCUUCAUGUAACGAGCACCACCAAAGAAGGCCUUGACAAGGCAGUUGCCAAAAUAGAGGAAUUGAUGAAGCAAGAACUGCCCAACCUCGUUGACGAGCGGAGGUUCCGCCGCAGAGAGCCAGAGCAGCAAGUGGAGCGGGAUGAAUACGGUCGACGCAAAUGGCCGGAGGAACGGAUCCCUGUGGAUCUAGAGCCUAUCCCAGGUUUUAAUCUUCGUGCUCAGGUAGUUGGCCAAGGCGGUGCAUAUGUUAAACACAUCCAGCAGGAGACGCGUUGCCGUGUUCAGAUCAAGGGGCGUGGCUCUGGUUUUACAGAACAUAGCACAGGAAGAGAAAGUGAUGAACCUAUGUAUUUACAUGUAGCUGGCCCGGAUCCGAAGGAAGUCCAAAACGCCAAAGCGCUUUGCGAGGACCUCCUCGCUAACGUGAGGGAGCAAUAUGAGAGGUUUAAGGAACAGCCACCACCCCCACAACGGUCAUAUAGUGGAGGUGGUCACCAUGGUGGCGGGUAUGGACAGCGCGACCGUUCCCAUUAUGGCGGUGGGAGUUAUGGGGGAGGCGGUGGCAAUUAUGGAAGCUACUCGUCUCCCCAGACACCCAUGAGCCCUUCUGCCAAUGCCACACCUGGCGCUGAUGCCGGCGCGACAGCUCAAGCCGCACCGGCGGCUGGUCAGUCUCUAGCCGACUACAGCCGCAUGUACUCCCAAUAUAUGUCUGGCCAAGAUCCAUACGCAGCGUGGGGAGGCUAUCAAAAUUAUGUCGCGUACUACCAGCAGUAUUAUCAGCAACAGCAGCAGCAGCAAGCGCCGCCACCGCCACCUCCACAAAGCUCUCCACCGCCUCCACCAGCUUCUGAGGCUCCUCCACCGCCACCACCUCCAGGAGCUGGUUCACCACCUCCACCGCCGCCACCAUCAUCAUCUGGGGGAUACAAUGCUGUCCCCCCUCCUCCCGGCCUAUAAAUGUCCACUUUUGCUGGAAAUUCGCAGACUACGCUUUGUGUCAUAGUGAUAUCUGGACAUGAUGCAAUUUUCCCUCCCUAGUGUAAUCCAAAUUCCUAACCAUUCGUUUUCAGGCAAAGACUGCCCUUCGUUACACAGUCAGCUUUAGCCCCGUUCCUCUUUCCAAAAUUUACUACAUACUCGUCGCACCGUACUAGUUUCAAUCAGUUGUCUAUUUUGUCCCUUUUUCACCCUGUUGUUUCCCCAACAUUGCCUUAGUUUUAAAUGUUUUGCAAUAUUUUGCGUUGAAAGGUUUCCUCCUUCUAUUUCAUAGCAUAUUCUCCAAAUAGCACAAUUCCCUGUCGAGUUAUUCUAUCUACCUACUAUAAUAGUAAAUAAAUACGUCUUCCCCCUUCAUACUCAAGGUAGCUAUCGGGGGGAGCGGUGGGACGGAGAGUUCUUAUGAGUACCCCGGAUCUUCUCGUACUCCGUACUGUCUACCCGUUUCUGAUACUUCUGAAUGGUUUACAAUGCGCCAUUUCUGCUCUGUGGGUUUCCAUAUGUGUGUUGGGAUUACUUUUUGAAUUGGGUCUCCUGUAUAAUCUCAAAUAUUUUCUUCCUCUCUAACCGUUUCCUUUAAAAUGAGCAAGAAUGAGCACAUACUUUCUUCAAUUACUUCCUCUCUUUCUUUUUGACACAUGUUAUUCCGCAAAGUACUUCCGAGUCCCGUGCUCCACGCCCUUGGAUAAAUUGAUCAAAGCUAGCGUUUCCGCUUUUGUGGUUUGCCCAACGCCUUCUCCAAAGUAUUCCAACACCAUAGAUAAUUUAGUGGUAAUAUAUACAAACUACAUCAUAACAUCAUCGAAAUUGAGCUAGAGCAAAACUUCUCCAAAAAGAGAAACGUCCGCCUCUUCAAUAACGCCUGCCAGCAUAAACCGAUGCCGUAAUCCACCAUACCCAGAAGAAACCAAUAAACACCAACAGACAGUCCCGUUCUCACCUAUUACCGUUUCUAUCUAUCAGACUAGCCGUACGAAAUCCCAUGA